AUGUGGCUAAGGUCUCUGCCGCCGGAUUAUAGGGAGGUAGACAUAGACAAAAGGAAAACAGAAGAAGAACCAAGGACUGUUGGUCUCUGUGCCCUGUUGAUUGUUGCACACUUUGUUGCUAAGAAAGAGAGUGACAUAGGCAUCUGGUGGGUUUGCUUUGCAGAGGAUCCUCUGGAUGUUUGGAAUUUGAAUAUUAUAGCUGAUCAGAUUGCUUUCACUCUGGCCGCUACUGCAAGAUUGAAGUCUUCUCCCACCUUUGUGAGGGUGUGGGGUAGUAAUGAGCGAGCCAUUUUGCUUUGCAAAUCAGCACAUCCACCUGUUGAAGCUGUUAGUGAGUUUCAGGGUUCUGAGUUUCAGGCUUCAGAGAAUGCCAUGAGCCCAAAUUCAUCGCUUUCAGAAUUGCAUCGGAAUGGUGAGAUGGAUAAAAUUGUGGACAAGGUUGCAGAAUCUCUAUCCAUUGAACGAGGUUGGAAAUCAGAAGAAAUGGGGAGUAAAGUUGAUAAUGCGGAGAUUGAUACAAGGGGUAUUAAGGCUGGCCAUCUCAAGAAAAGUCAAUCUCUUGCAAGUGGUUUGCAUGGAUUCUCAUUUGACCAACAUAGCAGGUCAGUCAUGGAGGACGCCAGCAAUGAACUGGGUGUUGGUGAAUAUUGUAAGGAUGGACCCUUUGAUACAUGUCAAGUCCUGAAUCUCAACAAGAAAUCAAUUUUUUCAAUUGGAGAUUUGCAAAGUACUGACAAAGGGGUCCUAGAAAAUUCUGAAGGCCAAUAUUCUGGAGAAAAUGCUGGUGACUCUGGAGAUCACACACCUCAUACUUCUGCAGAGUUACAUGAGCCAAAUGGGACAUCCAUUCCUGAGUUUAAAGAUCAGUUCUCCCCACAAAAAGAAAGCGAUGUCAAUGCGUGCAAAGGUAAAAACAUUAUCUAUGAAGAUGCUGUUUGUAAUGAUUAUCAUGGUUAUGAUUAUGCUGGUUCUGCCCAAGGGGGGAUUACUGCUAUUUUUGAUGACAUCUUCUUGAAACCCCAUAGAGGGGAAAGCUCCUCUCACCAACAGUAUGAUUUACCACAUAAGGAUUUUAAGAUUAAGCGGAUUGAGGAGUGGGUCACAGAUCUCCAGCUUUGCAACCCUUCGGACGAAGUGGAGGAGUCAUACCAGCCAAAUGAUCAGAACAAGAGAGAAUACCCUGUUUUGAAUGGUCUGACUGCAGCAAAAGUUGAGCCUAAGGUGAGUCCUGGAAAUGAAGCUGCUAAGAGAUACAUAUCAUCCCUGAGUGCCUCAGCAACUACAGCUCAGAUGGCGAACCAUGGUUUGGCAAUGAUCCCAUUUCUCAGUGCAUUCGUGAGCUUGAAGAUGCUUAAUCUGUCAGGAAACAACAUAGUGAGGAUAACAGCUGGUGCUCUUCCUCGGGGACUUCAUAUGUUGAAUCUGUCAAAAAACCAGAUUUCCACUAUUGAAGGCUUACGUGAAUUGACCCGAUUGCGUGUACUUGACUUGAGCUAUAACAGAAUCGUCAGAAUUGGACAUGGCCUAGCUUCUUGUUCAUCACUUAAGGAGCUAUAUCUGGCGGGGAAUAAGAUCAGUGAAGUCGAGGGUCUUCACCGCCUUCUGAAACUGAAUGUUUUGGAUCUCCGUGCCAACAAGAUUUCAACAGCAAAAUGUCUAGGGCAGCUUGCAGCGAACUACAAUUCCUUACAAGCUGUUAGCUUGGAAGGGAAUCCAGCCCAGAAGAAUGUGGGAGAUGACCAGCUUAAGAAGUAUUUGCAGGGCCUUCUUCCUCACCUGGCAUAUUACAACCGACAACUCAUAAAAGUGGGUACACUGAAGGAUGCCGCUGACCGAUCAGUUCGGCUGGGGGCUAGUGCCCAUCAAUUUGAUCGCAGUGGCCUUAGGUCAGAACACAAAUCGACAAGGAAGGGUGGUCAUGGGCUGGCUAGCAAGUCAUCGUCCUCAUCAUAUGGUCGGAAAAGUCAAGCACUGGUUUCUCCAAAACAUUCUAAGGGCAAGCAUGUACGCCUUCCCCCGAGUGGAACCAAGGGAGCAACCCAUAACCAGCAGUACAAUUUGGACUUCAGUGACAGACUCCGCAUCAUGAAGCAGGAGCUUGCAAUUGGUAGAAGUCGAAGUGAAGGUACUUUGGGAGUGCUUUGAGGCGAAUUUGUUGUGUUUCUCUACAAUAUGUCGUGGAAUGUUGCAAGGACGACUCCUUUUCUAUGUCCUAAGGACCAUUUAUAUUGAGGCUUUGUUUUUUAGAUGUUCAAUAAAUCCUUGCUCUCAGUAACGAUUGCUGCUUCUUGUAUUGAUUGACAGUGAUUGUGGGUUUACAAUUAUUCAUUGCUUGCUUGAACUGCAAUCAUGUAUAUCUGGGCCGCUUCAACGACGUGGCUCAGUCACUGAAUUUGUUACAUAGGGAAGAUUGCAAGUGUUCAAUUUCACUGAGGAGAAGUGCGUUGUCUA